CAGUACACUCCCGGGUAAUCAUCCUACAACCUACAUCAUCAUCUUUUCUAGUGUUUUCUUCUCCUCCUCCUCCUCCUAUCAUCAAAAUUCCCUGCCACCACUCAGCUACCCGUGGCAAGAGACAAGAGAGAGAGACACCACCCAUCCAUAAAGCUUCUUUCCUCGACACUUAUCUCUUCUUGUAAAUCCAGCAAACUUUGCAGAGUCCUCAAAAUGUCCUCCAAACCGAGUGGGCAUUAUUUGGAGAGCAGCAGAAAGAGAGGCAGCCAGCAGUCACAGAGAGCGCCACAGCCGUCCUACAGAGGAACACAGCCCGCCCAGCAUAGCCCCCCGUACUAUAGGAGACACACAUAUGCUAUAGACCAGUACCUCUAUGAGAAAGGACUCAAGAGAAAGUACAUAGCUAAAGAUGGCUCCUGUCUCUUUAGAGCUGUCUCAGAACAGGUCUGGCUGGUACAAGCUCACCAUUGGACUCUGAGGAGACAGACUGCUAUGUAUAUCAAGACAAGAAAGGAUCGUUUUAAAUCGUUCUUGACAGAGCCUGUCGAUAAAUAUUGCUUCAGACUUAGCAACUCUUCGAUGUGGGGUGGUGAGAUGGAGCUUGUAGCUCUCUCCGAACUUCUCGAUCGUCACAUCAUCGUCUACUCUGAAGAGAAAGGACAGACUAAAAUCCGGGAAUUCAAUCAUUCCGAAUCUUCUGAUAAAAACUCGAUUAAACUAGCUUAUACUGGUUCUAAUCAUUACGAUGGAGUCUGGGCUGAGACUGAUGAGAGACUAUAUGGAUUUUGUCAAAGUCUUGUAUAUGAUGUCUUGUACAGUGCGGUAUUCAAGAACUCUUCUUUGGUAUCAAAAUCCCGUCAGUUGUCUCUUGGCCAGACGAUGACUCCAAGUUAUGGUCCUCCGGAUCUUUUGAAGGCUUUAUCGAUGUACGUGUUCUCAAAUAUCCCAAUAGAACACGCAAGAAUGGAGAGGAAUGAUCGAGAGUAUCGCGACAGGCAGUUUGCAAGUUCUCUUCAAUACAAAGUCGGAACUAUAUGUGACGUGUCUGUUGAUAAUGAUUUGUUUCGUGCUGAAAUCAUUGACAACCGUGACUACUCCAGAAUAAAAGUGAAAUUUAUUGAUAAUGGAAGAAAGCCAAUGAUAGUGUCAGCUAAGCAAAUCUUUUUUGGUCACAGCAAGAAAAGCACAGGAGGGAGGGAUCAAAGGAGAGGGUACUCUGGUUCAAGGGUCCAAUCCGAGGGUAGUACCUCAAGGAGGGAAGAACCUAAAAACGAGAGACCUCCCCGGGAGACAAAGGACUUUGAGAGAGACCGAAAGUCAAGACAGUCGAAACCGAACAAUGAAAGUAGUGGCCCAGCUCCAGAGAAGAGAGAAACAAGGGGGGGAAGUGGCGGGGGUAAGGGUGAGGGGAGAAUGACCUCGCCAAAACCUCCUAACCCCAAGAUAAGCGAUCGGAGACAACCAGUGAAUCAUUCUAAGGAAAGAGGAGAGAGAGAAGGGCUCAGACAAAGAGACAAGAAAGAAGUGGAUAGAGGAGCAAAAGGAAGCGGUGAUAAUAGAAGAGAUGCUGUUAAAGAAAGAGCUUCUACUCGCGGGGAAACUGUUACGAAAACUAACGAAGGGAUCUCGAAAGAAAAGCCGUCUAAUAAGAGACCGGGGGAAGGAAAAGGAGGCGUGGCCCGGGAGGAAAAGGGAAAGGGAAGCAACGAGAAAGAGGAGAGAGUUCCAAACUCGGAAAGCGAGAAAGUGCUGCAAAGUGAGACUAAACCGUCUCAGAACGGAAACACGUCAAGAACCGACGACCCAAAGGAAACUACCACUUCUUCUCACCCUGAGCAAUAUCAACAGAGACAGAGUCCGAUUGAACAAGCCCCACCCACAGCAAUCCCUCCUCUUUUACCACCAGGGAUCACCAAAGUGGACGAACCACACCCACCAAUUAACAUAGAGCAGCGAGGUCUGAUAUACCAAAUGGCCCAUGGAGAUGGUAAUACUUAUUACAUACACUCAACUGGCAUUGCUCCAGAAGCAGCUGCAGCAGGUGGAGGGUACCUCUACCCGGUGGACGUCUUCUCGUCGACUAGUAACAAUCAUAUACUAGUAACAUCUGGUGCUUCUAGUCUCCACCCACAGCCACACCCCCAACCUUAUUUCUCCGAAGCCCCAGAGUGCGAGUGGCCUAUACUAGUACAGGAUAGCCGUAGUUCUGCUAGUAGUAACUCCAAGGUUGUGGCGGUCGACCAGUUGCAUCCAAAGUCCCUCCACAUUGACGGUCCACCUCCACAGCCUCCGCCUGAGACUAUGUUUGCCGUCCCGCCUACACAUCAGAAUGUGGGCGUGGUCCAGACGUCACCUCACGUGGCGACAACUCAAAACAUCUUCUCAACUGAUCUAGCUCCUCCUCUUCAUCUGCUACACAACAGAACGCAAGAGGACAAGCAGGUCUUCAUGUUUGAAUAUGCCCAGCAGUGUCUCAGCUGCUAUUUCAACUCUGCCAUUGGAGACCAGUCCGACCUUGAAGACCUGAUCGAGGAGCUUCUCGCAAUGUCACUGGAAGAGUUCCUUUCCUCUCCUCCUCGCUAUUCUGACGGAGAACUCUCAACCACUAGUCCUGAUAAUAGUGAGCUGACAGACGAGAGAGAGGUAACUCCACUUAGACUUGUCCUGAAAACCGAAGAGACCGUUUCGCCGUCUAGUACGUCCGAUGACCAGCUUCCGCCGCCACCUCGUGAGCCUACGCCGGUCGGAGAAGAGACAACGGAGGAGACAGUGGUUAAUGGUAAAGAGGCUGAGACUAACGGUGAUGGUGAGAUUGUGAAGGAGGAGGAGGAGGAGGGAGAGGGAGAAGAAGGACAGGAAGUAGAAGAGGUGGAGGAUGAGGGUAUGAAGACAUAUAUGUCACUGCCUCAUCCUGGUGCUAGCCCUUUCAUGAUGCCAUAUCAGCCGUUCAUACCAAUGAUGUAUUCAAUGGGUCCUCAAUUCUUUGGGUAUCAUCAUCCUUAUCGUAUGCCAGCUCCCAUGAUGUUUCCUCCUCCUUACUUUAUGCACCCACCUCCUCAUAUUGUUCCUCCUGAACCUCAAGAAGAGAUCAAUAAUGAUCUUACUGAUGAUGGGGACACGCCUCUUUCUCAGCCCGAGUUUAAGGCCACGCCUCCAGAGUCUAAACCGGCGGCCGUGGAUGUGAGUGAAGUCCCUGUUGUAGCAAAGGAAAAGUCGUCGUCUCCAUCUCCUCGUCCCUCUCCUUCUCCUCCUCCCCCGGUCGCUAGGCAACCGGAUAAACAGGUCCAACCCCCUCGUCAGCGUAAUAAUAAUAAUACUCACGAAACUCGUCACCGUAGCAACCAGGACUCUCGUAGCCAUAGCAACCACGAUUCCUAUCACCGUGGUAACCAUGAGCGUACGUCGAAAGGCCAAAAGAGUAAUAGAUCUUACGAGGCUCGUUAUAGCAGGAAUUUUACGAAUCGGAGCCAUCAGAAUCAGGCGAAACAAUGAUUGAGAAUCAGAUUGUGAACUUGCAUACACACGUACUAUCAUACAUGUACAUAUACAUACAUUCUGAUCAGUUUAUUCAUUAAUUAUUACUACCUUGCCUUGUGUUGGUUUUGUCUUGUUUGUGGUGUAUAAUUAUUCUAUUAAACAACAACAACAACAA